UGUGAGCCCAGGAAACUGUAUAGCUGAUCAACAGUUUCAGUUUCAGAUUUCACUAGUCUCAGAAGCUCAGUGACAUAUGUACUCUGGUGCUGUUCACUCUUUCGAUUUUGUUACGAACUGACAAUGUAAUGGCGUCCAGUUCAGGGAGCAGAAGUCCUCAAAGACAAUGUAAAGAUCCCCCUGACAAGGAAGCCAAUAACAUGAUGACCAGCGUUAAAAGCAGACCAUCUUUUGACCAACCUGAUAUGAGUGAUUUGAGGAUUGUUCUGCUGGGGAGGAAUAUAACAGAAAACAACAGAGUGGGAAACUUCAUCUUAGGAAGAGCAGCGUUUGAGAGUGAAGCACCUGCUGAUGUAGAGCUUCACUUUGAGAAACACAGAGGAAAACUGAAGGACAGAGACGUCACAGUCAUCAACGCUCCUCACCUGCUGAGGCCAAAUCUGUCAGUCACUCCGAUCUCACAGGGAGUGAAAGAGUGUGUGAAUCUGUCUGCUCCUGGACCUCAUGUGAUCAUACUUGUACUGCAGCAGAAGGACUUCAGUGACAGUGACAGACAUAGAGUGAAAUAUGUGCUGAAUGAAUUCAGUAAGGAGGCUCCUAUACACACUAUAGUGUUGACUGAUGAGAGAGAGAUACACAAUAACCGUAUUCAUCAAUUCAUACAAGAGUGUGGAGGUGGACAUCUACAGUUUGAUGAAAGAAAAUCAGGAUUGGACUCUGAGAUACUUGAAAGAGUGGAGAAGAUACUCAAGGAAAACUUGAAGGGUGUCAACAUUUUGCUGAAUGUGGUUCUGUGUGGGAGUAACAGAACAUUAAAAUCCUCCAUAUCAAACCUCAUCCUGAACCAGAGAGACAGAAGAUCAGAGCUCAGCUCAGAGUGUGUGAAGCUGGAAGGAGAAGUUCAUGGACGUCCGAUCACUCUGGUGGAGCUUCCAGCUCUGACUCGACUCUCACAGAAGGAAGUGAUGCGUCAGGCUCUCCGCUGUGUGUCUCUCUGUGAUCCUGGAGUUCAUGUUUUCCUCCUCAUUAUUCCUGACGGUCCACUUACUGAUGAAGACAAAACAGAAACAGAGGAGAUCCAGAAAAUAUUCAGCUCAAAGAUCAACAACCACAUCAUGGUGCUCAUCAUCCAGAAGUCAGAGCAUGAGACAGAAGAACUGAAUGAAGCAAUGAAGACUUUCAUUGAGAGUUUUGGGGGAAGACAUCAUUUUCUUGAGCCAAAAACGCAAGCGUCCAUGUUGGUGAAUAAACUGGAGCAGAUGAUGAAAGAAAGUAGUGGAAUUUGUUUGUCCACAGAAACAUUUUUGGAUGCACAAACAGAGAAAUUUGAAGAAAUGAGGAAGAAAAUAAUCUCAUUAGACACACAGAUUCAAGAUUCAAGAGAGGAUUCAGAUGAUGUGAGGAUUGUUCUGCUGGGAAAAACUGGAGUUGGGAAGAGUGCAACAGGAAACACCAUCUUAGGGAGAGAAGCAUUUGCAGAAGACAUGUCUCAAGAAACAGUCACUAGAGAGUGUCAGAGAGACACGGCUGAGAUCGAUGGCAGACAGAUUACUGUGAUUGACACUCCUGGACUGUUUGAUACUAAACUUAGUCAAGAAGAGAUCCAGAGAGAAAUCACCAACUGCAUCUCCAUGAUUCUGCCAGGACCACAUGUGUUUCUGUUAGUGAUCCCAGUGGGACGUUCUAUUGAGGAGGAUGAAAACGCAGUGAAGAUGAUUCAGCAGACUUUUGGUGAAAACUCCCUAAUGUACACCAUGGUGCUCUUCACCAGAGGAGAUGCUCUAAAGAAGAAAAUUAAUGAAGACUAUCUUGGAAAACCAGGAUCUGCUUUGAUGAAUGUUGUUGAACAGUGUGGAAACAGAUACCAUGUGUUCAAUAAUAAAGAGACUAGAGACCGUGAGCAGGUGUCUAUAUUACUACAGAAAAUCAAUGACAUGGUGACAGCAAAUGGAGGAUUUUACUACACAUGUAAGAUGUUCAGACAGAUGGAAAAAGAAAAACAAGAAGUACAGAUGAAGAUGUUAAUUGAUGAAGUGGAACAACUGAACAGAGAGAAAGAAAAACUCCUGGCCAAACAUGAAGAAGAGAAAGAGAAAAUGAAGAUUAAAUUGGAGGAAGAAAGAAAGAAUCAUGAUGCAGAGAAGAAGAAAAGAGAAGAAGAAUUUAGAAAGAUUGAAGAACAAUACAAAGAGAAACUGGAGGCAAAUAUACAAGAGGAAGAGCUGAGGAGGGUAGAAGAGGAUGGGAAAAGGAGGGAGAAGGAACAAAACAUGAUGGAUGAAUGUGAUGAGAAAAUUAAAAGAGAAAGAGAGGAAAUCAAGAGAGAAAAAGAGAGAAUAGAAAGAGAAAAAGAAGAUCUUCAGGCCAAACAUAAAGUAGAAAUAGAAAAGAUGAAGAAGAGUGAGAAACAUCUGAGAGAACAACAGUGUAAGAAUUAUGAAGACAAAAUUAAGUUAAUAGAACAACAGAAGCAAGAUGAACUAAUGAGACUAAAACCAGUGGACUAUGAAGAAGACAGAAGAAAAGACAUGGAGAACAUGAAAAUGUGCUGCUCCCAAACAGCCUCUUCUCUACAGAAAGAUGAAACUGGUCAAAACCCGAAGGUUGGAGCACAAACCAAUCAACAGCUUGAAGAACUCUAUGACAGACUAGAUCUGACAAAAAGACGUCAAGAUAAAAUGAAAACAGCAGACAUUCUUCAAAUCACCAAGUCAUCAUUUCAGUCUCAAGAACCACAGGAAGAGAAUGAACUGGUGAACUCAUUCCUACAAAAGCUGAUUAACAUGAACUACAGAGCAAGAUACACAGCCAUAAAACAUAGAAAGAAAGAAGGUAACAAAGACAGAGCAAACCCUGAUAUUCACCCAAUGGAUGUUCAGAUAGCCGUGUUUCAUUGUGCUGAUGGUUUCCUGAAGCAGCUGAUGGUGACUAAACUCUCACAGUGUCAGUAUUCACUGCCUCUGCUUGUUCUUGAUCCUUUCACACAACAGAUUGAGUUUCCUCUCUGGACAUUUGGACAAAUCAACAAGAGUUGGAAGAAGAAAGACUCCAACAAUGAGUUCAUCAGUCAAACUCAACCGGUCUACAAGGCUGAGACUCCAAUGGUGGCUUUCUUCAGGUUUGGCUCAGUGUCUUCAUCUAAGUCUCAGUUGAUAAAUGGCCUCAUCAGUGAGAAACACCAGACGUUCUUCCACAGGAACUGCUCAGGCAGCAGCAGAACCAGAUUACUGAUGUAUGGAGUGGUGGAGAUCGCCUGGUACUGCCCUUCUGGGGAAAAGACGGAUUCAUUUGAUGACUGUGUUGCUUUCUGUAAUCUUCAUGGUGAUGCAGCAGCCAAUGAGAAACAAUAUGAGAUUUUGACCAGUAUGGCUUCAGUAAACGUCCUCUUCUUACCUGACUUUGGACAGAAGAACCAGUUCAAGGGUUUGGUGAGAUCACUCUUCAGAUCUCCUCAGUCUCUCAUUUGUCUGCUCACUGACAGUGACUGUGAUGAAACUGAACUGGGGGAUGGAAAAUUCAUUGUUGGUCUUUUGGACAAAAACCAAUCUGAUGUUUCUAAUCAGAUAAGGGAGAUGAUCAGGGAGAGUUUGACUGAGCAGAAAAUGACCUUCAAACUUGAAGAUGUGGCCAAACACACAGGAAUCAGAGUAGAUGAGGAGGAUCCAGAGUGUCGGAGAGGGAAAAAAACAGCGGUUCAGAUCAUGGGAUUACUGAAAGGAAAAGAUCCAUCAACAGUGAAGGAAACAAACCUGCCCUGUCAGGGGAAACUGUGGCAUGACUGGUGUAAAAUCAACAAAGAGCUGUAUCAUCUAGAAGGAGAAAAUCUAGAGGAAGAUAAAAGUACCAAACUGAAGAACAUGAGAGAAAUAAGAGAAAAUCAGAUGGAACAAGGAUUAAGUGAGUUUAUGAGGACAUUUAUUGAAGCAAUGAAAUCACAGACAGACAAUGAAAAAAACUUUUUCCUCAGAUGGAUGAUGAACCUUUUAGAUGACUUCACUUCUGAGAAGCUCUGUGGACUUCAUAAGGAGUAUGAUGUAAAAUGGCAUGAAGUUUUAUCACUGAAAAAGAUGCCUGAUAGUGUUGAUCAACUACAGACUGAACAGACAAACCUGGAAAACAUAUCAAAGCAAAUCAAUAGGACAACCUUUGGCUUGGAGCACAUCCUGAGAGAGUUUGGUCAGAUCUAUGAAUCAUGGUCAUCAGUGAAGAAGAACAAGAAAGGACUGAAGUUCAACUUCUGUUCUCUCCCGAGUCUUGCAGCAGACAUGAUGAUCUCUGGAUUUCCCAUGGAGCUGAUGGAUGGAGAUGCUGCUCAUGUUCCUCUCACCUGGGUCACUGCUGUACUAGAUGAACUUGUUAAGAAACUGGGAGACCAGAAAUUCUUUGUGUUGUCAAUUUUAGGGAUUCAGAGCUCUGGGAAAUCCACCAUGUUGAAUGCCAUGUUUGGACUGCAGUUUGCCGUCAGCGCUGGCAGAUGCACCAGAGGAGCUUUCAUGCAGCUGGUCAAAGUGUCAGAAGAGAUGAAAACAGAGCUGAAGUUUGACUACAUUCUGGUUGUUGAUACUGAAGGUCUUCGAGCACCAGAACUGGCUGGAAGGUCAACAACACAUCGUGACAACGAAAUGGCCACAUUUGUUGUUGGUCUUGGAAAUAUGACCCUGAUCAACAUCUUUGGAGAAAACCCAUCUGAGAUGCAGGACAUUCUUCAGAUUGUUGUUCAGGCCUUCAUGAGGAUGAAGAAGGUCAAACUAACUCCCAGCUGCAUGUUUGUGCAUCAGAAUGUCUCAGAUAUCACAGCUGGAGAGAAAAACAUGGAGGGAAGGAGACAACUGCUGGAGAAACUGGAUGAAAUGACAAAGAUUGCUGCUAAAGAGGAAGUCUGUGAUGCAGAAGGUUUCAGUGAUGUGAUUGAGUUUGAUGUACAGAAUGAUGUGAAGUAUUUUGCUCAGCUCUGGGAGGGCAGCCCACCCAUGGCACCACCAAACCCAAACUACUGCGAGAACAUUCAAGAACUGAAAAAAACUAUCCGAACACAUGCUUCAAAUUCAGAUGGCAUAAUGCUGACACACCUUAGAGACCGUAUUCAAGAUCUCUGGGAGGCUUUGCUUAAUGAACAAUUUGUGUUCAGCUUCAAAAAUUCCCUGGAAAUCGCAACAUACAAGAAACUAGAGACUGAAUACAGCAAGUGGACCUGGAGCCUUCGGAGUGCCAUGCUGGUCAUUGAAAAUAGACAACACAAUAAAAUAGAAAAUGAAGCAAUUCAUGACAUUGAAGAGUUUUAUCUUGAAAGAGAACUGAAUGCAAAAAGUGAAGAAGUGAAAAAGACAAUGUCUGAUUUCUUUAAGAAAGAGAGUGACGCAGCAGUACUGAAUCAGUGGAAAGGUUUCUUUGAGAUUAAGAUCCAACAGCUUCAAGAAAACAUUGUGAGAGAAACUAAGAGGAAAUUAAAUGGUGUUCUUCAGCAGCGUCACCUGAAGAAAGAGAUGGAUGAUCAGAGGACACAUCAUGAAAACACUCUCUUUGAAAAGAGCAAAGAACUAGCCUUAAAAUUCAAAGAACAAGCAAAUGAUAAAAAGUUCUUGAAAUCACAGUUUGAAUCCUUUUGGAAAAAACAGACAGCUGAGAUCAUCAGAGACGCUCCUUUAGUCAAAGAUAUCGACAUAUUAAGAGAUGUGAAAAACAUCCUCAUUCAGACUUAUGCGAGUCUCCCUUUAGACCGUAUAAAAGAGAGCAGUGAGCACAAAGAUAUGAUCUGUUUGCCAAGCUAUUCAGAAUAUGUGCUGUUAAAGAAAUCCAGUGGAAUUACAGGAGCUCUGAAAAAUAUGUACAAAGGAGCUAAAGAGAUGUUUGGUUUUGUUUUAUCUAAAGAGGAUGAAGACCAGAUAAAAUCCUUAAUCACAGACAUCUCUGAACACACAGAUGAAAUGUUUCAGAAAUAUAACAUUGCAAAGAUGGGCUACAACAACAGCUGCAUUCAACAACUCAUAGAUGACAUAAAGACAAGAUUAAUGCAGCAUCAGGAAGAGCCAAAAGUGAAAUAUGUGUUCAAGCAAGAAUUCUUCAUGGAUCUGGUACUUUUCAUAUGUCAUAGAGCAAACAAGACAUUCAGUGAUCAACACACAAUGUUCAGGGAAGCCAAUGAUCCUGUUGUUUAUUUGGGGAGGAAGAAGCAAGAGUACUACAGGAUUUUCCAGAAAUACUGUCAAGGAGCAACAUCAACUGCUGUUUUUGGUGAAUUUGUUUGUAAUAAACUUAAAAAAACCAUUCAGCAGAAUAUCUACAAAAAAACUGCCAGAGAUUUAGCAGAUGAAAUGAGAACAAACUGUGAAUCACUAAAUGGGAACCGAUCAAAAUUGGAAAAACACAUCCUGAGGAGACUGGCAGAACAAAAGGAUUUCAAAGCAUGUGUGACCUACAUUCACAAUCCCAGAGAACACUUCAAGAAUUUCAUCAGAGAUGAAGUCAAUCAGUACAUCACUGAAAGAUUCAAAGAUAGUGUUCAACCCAAAAUGGAAAACAGCAUUAAACUGCUAGAGCAGAAGAUAACAAACGCAGCACAUGAAUCCACCAAACAUGUUAAAGAGAUCAAUGGAGAUGCUGAUUCAUGGUUGCUUCAUUUCACACAACAGCUCUCUGAUGUGCUGGUAUUGUCUCUAAAUGACCUGACUGGAGUGAAUCAUGAAGAUGUUGAAGUCAGAUUUCUAGAAGAUGUGAUAAUGAAAGAACUUCCUACUAUAAUAUCUGACAUACGCAGUGAAUUCAGUACAGAAUCUUUUCCAGUAAAGAUGGAACCCACAGACAGACCAGAUGAGCUUCUGAUCAAUCACCUCUGUCAGUGCUGUUGGGUUCAGUGUCUUUUCUGUAAAGCCAUCUGCACAAACACAAUAGAAGGCCAUACUGGAGAUCACAGUGUUCCUUUCCAUCGUGUUACUGGAGUAAAAGGGUUUAGUUACAGAGAAACAACAAACCUAUGUACCAGCAUCUGUACAUCAGCAGUAGCCAGUGAUCGAUCUUUCUAUCCAAAUAGCUCAGAUAAUAAAGUCCUCUUUAAGGAAUACAGAAAAGGAGGUCCUGAAUUUGCUUCAUGGAGUAUCACCCCGGAUCUCUCUGAGCUGCCGUACUGGAAGUGGUUUGUGUGCAGAUUCCAGGAAGAUCUGGAAAAGCACUAUAAAAAAACCUUUCAGGGGAGUGGAGAGAUUCCAGAUGACUGGAGAAAUUACUCUCAAGAGGACGCUAUUGAGAGUCUGAAUAAAUACAUUUAAUGAGGCAAUUAACAAGGACUGAUACACAAUAGACAUCUGAAAUGAGAUUAUGUCCAUACUUCAGAAAAUGCAGCAUUCUGAACUAAAUAUUGUAUACUAAAAUGGCUCAAAGGAGUUCACAGAAUAGAUUUAACAUUUUUAAGGAAAGAUAUAAUCAAUUUGUUCUGUUUUACACAGCCAAUGAAGCACAUGACUAAUCAAUGCUUAAAGACAGAAGAUGUUUGAAGAAUAUACCAAGCAUUUUAUAUACUUACUUUCACACUAGUUUGUCUCCUGUCGAUGUAUUGCAAGAUGUAUUGUACUGCUCUACAAAUGUCAUUUAUUCAACAUGCAGUUAUGAGAAAAUGCGUUUCACUAUAUUAACAUGAUCAAAAGCAUGCAAAGUUGAAAAUUUUAAAUCAUUGUGAGAAUAAAAAUUGCUUUCUGUUCUCAGUUAAGCAGAAAAAUGCUGGCUGUUUGUAUUUCACUUACAUACUGUAUCAUUUCUCCUCCCUGCUUCUUAUCUAUAGAAACAUCCUUGCCUGGUGUUCCUUAAACAUGUUUUACCUGCUAUCUCAUGACAUUCUUUAAUGUAUCCUUGGCAUUGACUAUGAUGUACCCUAUCUGAACAAUAAAGCUCUGAAGAAGCUUGAACGUGAA